AUGGGAAUUCCUAGGAGUGAUCUUCCCGAUUGGGUGUGUUUAGUCCGUUAUGAAAGUAAUUUCAAAACCACUGCAACCAAUACGAACAAAAAUAAGACCAAGGAUUGGGGAAUAUUUCAAAUCAAUGAUCGUUGGUGGUGUAAGCCAGAUGAUGGACGUCAAUCACACAAUGGCUGCAACAUAAACUGUAGCAGCCUUUUGAAGGAUGACAUAACUGCAGCUGUGAAUUGUGCUAAAAGAGUCAAAAAGGAACAAGGAUUUAAGGCAUGGUAUGGUUGGAAAUCACACUGUCAGACCACCAAAAUAAGUGUUAAUGAAUGUUUUUGA